GGAGCCUCGCGACCCUAGAAAGAUGGCGGCGCCCACCUACAUGAGGUAGUGGCAGAUGCGGGCUAGAGCCGGGUGCCCCAAAGGGAAGAGGCCAUGAAACGCAAAGCCGGCCCGGGCCGCCACGGCGGCGCGAUGAAGCGGCUGCGGCUGGCAGUACAGGAGUUUGUGCACGCGGCCGAGGAGGACGAGACCUCCGGCGGAGGGGAGGACGCGGGUCACGCCGGGCGGCCGCUGGCACCCCCGCGUCCCAGCGGGAAGAAGCGGCGCAAGGAGCUGAAGAAGGAGAAGCGGCAGCUGAGGAAAGCCCGCCGGCUGCAGCGGACCGGGGAGCCGGCUAGGCCCCCGGGAGCCACGCGGGAGCGGCCCGGGGUGAACAAGCGGGCGACUGAGGCUGCGGCCCCGGCCCCGGCCCCGGCCCCGGCCCCUAGAAAGCCGCAGCAGCAGAGGCCGCAGCAGCCGCCGGCCAAGGACAGGCCCCUCCGCGAGUCCGCCCAGGCCCAGGCCCGGGGGCUCGGCACCGCGGCGGCGGCGGCUCGGAAACGGGCGCUUCUGGCGGCCAACGAGGAAGAGGAUCGCGAGAUCCGAAAGCUGGAGCGCCGCCUGGGGCUGAACAAGCGCCGUCGGAGGAAGAAGGCCGACGGCGCCGGCGACGGCGGCCCCGGCCCCGCGGCUGUGCCUUCCAGCUUCGUCCGCGACGGCCUGGACUACAUCCUCGGGGCGCUGGAGACCGGAGGCGGCUUGGCCUUGUACGAGGAGGAGGACGACGAGGGCGGGGAGGGAGAGGGGCAGGGGGCCCCGCCGCCCCGAGGGGGCGGCCUGGACGGGGACUCGGGGCUGGACAGUGACGACGACGAGACCGACGACGACGAGGAGGAGGAGGAGGAGGCUGUUCUGGAAGAGGAUCUCCAGGAGGAGGAGGAGGAGGCAGACACGCAGGUAGAGGCCCAAAAGGAAAAGAAAAAGGGAAAGAAGAGGGUGCGUUUUGCGGAGGAGGCUCGUGAAGAUUCCUCUUCUGAGGAGGCGGAGGCGAGCGCCCCCAACGAGGUUCUUUCGAAAAAUGCAAAGUAUAUCCCACCUCAUGUAAGAAGAUCUGAGGAAACAGUGGAUGCCAAAAAGAAGGAAGAACUAGAAAGGUUAAAGAAAAAUGUGAAGGGUCUAAUUAAUAGGUUGAGUGAACCUAAUAUGGCAUCUAUAAGUGGACAGCUGGAAGAGCUAUACAUGGCAAACAGUAGAAAGGAUAUGAAUGAUACUUUGACAGAUGUUCUUAUGAAUGCUUGUGUAACUGAAGCUGUGAUGCCUGCCAGGCUGAUGAUGGAGCAUGUCCUUUUGGUUAGCAUUCUUCACCACACUGUAGGAAUUGAGGUUGGUGCUCACUUUUUGGAAGCUGUGGUGAAGAAAUUUGAUGAAAUACAUAAAACUGGUAGUGAGGGGAAAGAAUGUGACAACCUCUUUGCCAUAAUUGCCCAUCUGUAUAACUUCCAUGUGGUACAAUCUCUACUCAUCUUUGACAUUCUAAAAAGGCUUAUUGGAACUUUCACAGAAAAGGACAUAGAACUGAUUCUCCUAAUGCUGAAAAAUGUUGGUUUUUCCUUAAGAAAAGAUGAUGCUUUGUCCCUGAAGGAACUGAUCAGUGAAGCCCAGACCAAAGCCAGUGGAGUAGGCAAGAAGUUCCAGGAUCAGACUAGGAUUAGAUUCAUGCUUGAGACUAUGUUGGCACUAAAGAAUAAUGACAUGCGCAAAAUUCCAGGCUAUGACCCUGAACCUGUGGAGAAACUAAGAAAACUACAGAGAACAUUGAUACGAAACAGUGGUUCUGGUAAGGAAACUCAACUUCGGGUCUCUUGGGAAAGCCUUUUGAAUGCAGAGCAGAUUGGCAGGUGGUGGAUUGUAGGGUCAUCAUGGAGUGGAGCCCCAAUGAUUGAAAGCAACAGUAAUAGCCAGCAGAAACAACCUAAAGGAACGGUUAGCUCAAAGAUACUAGAGCUUGCCCGAAAGCAGAGAAUGAACACUGAUAUCAGAAGGAAUAUUUUUUGUACGUUGAUGAUUAGUGAAGAUUUUUUGGAUGCAUUUGAAAAGCUUCUGAAGCUUGGACUCAAGGAUCAGCAAGAAAGAGAGAUAGUUCAUGUCCUCAUAGAUUGUUGUCUGCAAGAGAAAAUAUAUAAUCCUUUUUAUGCAUAUCUGGCUAGCAAAUUUUGUGAAUAUGAAAGGAGAUUUCAGAUGACAUUCCAGUUCAGCAUAUGGGAUAAAUUUCGGGAUUUAGAAAAAUUGUCAGCUACUACAUUUUCCAAUUUUGUGCAGUUGGUGGCCCACUUGCUGAAGAAAAAGUCACUUCCACUUUCCAUCUUUAAGGUAAUUGAAUUCAGUGAACUGAACAAACCUAGAGUCCACUUUUUACGGAAAAUAUUACAUAUGCUAUUAAUGGAAACAGAAGUUGAAGAACUUACCACGAUUUUUGGCAGAGUAUCUGAUAACCCAAAGCUGGGAAUGUUGCGGGAAGGUUUGAAGCUUUUUAUUAGCCACUUCUUACUGAGGAAUGCACAGGCCCUCCAGAGUGCUGAAGAAGCCAGUGCACUUAAAGAAAGAGCCGAUCUUGCAACAAAAGCUUUGCAAGGAAAAUCAUCCUUAAAAAUGUAGUGUUGGAGGAAAGGGUCAUGAUUGGAGUAAGGUGGUGAAACCAGAAAAUCUGUAGCCUUACAGAGCAAUGUUUCUGGAUAUGAGAACUCUGAGUGAGACAUCACAAGAAUCUAUUUAUUUUUAUAUAUCUUUAUUGUUUAUGUAUAAAGUAUAUUGGGUAUAAAUUUAUACUAUUUUUAUAUUGAAAAUUGGUUUUCUUUUGCUGGAUGUAAUGAGACCGUGAUACAAAUUAAGAGCAAACCACUAGAUGGUGCAAUAAUCAUGAAAAAAUUCAAUGUCAUUGGUGACUUUUUUAUAAAAAAAAAAAGAAUUUCCUCAAUAAAAUUAUGUAAAUGUAAUUUUUAUUGUAUUUGUUUUUUAAAAUAUUAUUGGGUAUUUCGUGUAUAAAUUUUUUUUCUUUUACUUCUCUUUUUAAAUUUAUUGCAUUUGUCUAAAUAAUUCUUUGUCCUCCCAGGAUAUGAGGAUAAAAUCUGCAAAGGGGAAAAUGAAAAAGAUGUAAAAAGCUCAAAUUCUUAAUUGAAUAAUAAACCUUACCUUGAAAAAGGCAACAAGAUCAAACUACUUGCACUUGGGGGAUAAGCAUAUAUGGUGUUGGCUUCCAAAUGUUUUUUAGUUAAUAAAAUAAUGUACAUAGAGGGCUUGUGACAGCAGCAGUUGCAUUAGUAGUCUUAGAAUUGUUGCUGAUCUGACCAACUCAGUGGAGAACUGGGCCCUCUCUCUGAUUUUCACAACCUCUUUCAUGUCUCCAAAAGGAAGAUUCUGCGCCAGAGCUAAAGCAUCUUCAGCUGUCUCCGUGGUCUGGGACAGAGGAUUCCAAGCUCCCUGCCCACAAAAUUCCCUAGUACAGCCCAAACCAGAUGGAAAUGGAAUUGAGAAUUAUUUAACAAAAUAAAUAAAAAUAUACAACUUUAAAAAAUAAAAUUUACUCCAUUUAAUGAAGUAAGGAUGCAUAAAAGAACUCAGAACUUGCUUUGGUAGUUUACGUUUUUUAAGUAUUUUUCCUGUCUCCCCAACUAGAAAGCUCCUUGAUGGCAGUAACUGAAGAAUCUCCAAUGCCUAGAUGUAAUAGGUGCUCAAUAUAUUCUUGUUAAUUAUUUCUGGUUUUUAGAAACAAUUUGAUCGUCCUAUUUUCAACAACGUGAUAUUAAGUACUGCAGAUUUAAGUUUCCAUGACAGUAUUUUGAACUCUUUGGAGGAAAGAUACUCUCUAAAAGGUGUUUCUUGUAAGUAAUAUAACUGAGGUGGUUUUUUUGUUGUUGUUGUUUGUUUUUUUGAGGGGCCAAUGAGAGUUAAGUGACUUGCCCAGGGUCACACAGCUAGUAAGCAUCAAGUGUCUGAGACUGGAUUUGAACACAGGUCUUCCUGAAUCUAGGGCUGGUGCUUUAUCCACUGCACUACCUAGCUGCCCCCUAUAACUGAGUUUUUAAAAUUUUUUAACAAACUAACUGGUCCUUAUACAUCCAAACGAGUGUUAUGUCCUUCAUAGCGGUCACCUUUGGAAGCUAUACAUUUAUGAAAACGUUUGUAAAAUUCCUCUUAGUUUUGGUUUCAUGUUAUUUUAACUCUUGACAAUAGCAAAGCUUGUCCUUCAGUGGUGAGUCUAGAAAUCACAAAUCAUUUAAAUCAAAUAUGGUAAAUGAGAUGGAUGAUAUAGCUUAAUGGUGCAUUUAGACCAAAAAAAUUUUUGUGACUAGAGCAGCUCUUUAAAAAGAGCUUCCAAAAUUAUUCUGAACGGCAUUACACAUUGUCGGAAUAAUUAUUUGUCUUCCACAGUGAUUAUUUUAAAGGCUCCAAUGCUGUCAUUCCUG